UAAUCAUCUUGUGAUCAAACCUUCUUCCAGAUCAGCUUGUCAACAACACAAGCACAAAUAUAUACGAUGGGCGAUUGAGAGUCACCCUUUCCCAUCAUGGACCCAUAUACACCCCUUUUUGCUGCCCUAAGGCCUGGACUAGAACAAGUCAAAGUGGCUAUCGAAUGUGAAUUACCAAGAAAGAAUUCCGUUACAAUCUCCUCGUUAUCUUCUUUGGGCGAGAAUAAUGGCUCAAAGGUAAACGAAUCACCUAAUGCACAAGAUGAUGACGAUGCAACGACAACAGGAAGUAGUGUAGAAGCAAAUGCUGGAACAGGUAACAAAUCCGACCCUUUUGCAAAUCGCAGGAUAUAUGCACUUGUUACCAAUGUAGAACAAGGACACGAAGAAGGUUGCAUAUUCGUCUUCAAAAGAAGGAGGAAUGAUCCGACAAAGGUGAAGAUCGUAGAUGGGCUUCCGAUUUUGCCAGGCUUCAAGGCUUCUGUACAGCAAGUUGCCCGACCAGUCUCGGAGAAUGCAAGCACAUCGCCAUCCACUUCCGCCUCUGAUCUCCAAAUCGAUAUGAGCUUGGCGGGCAAAUCUAUUUCAGCUUCUUCUUCCGAUGCGCAAUCCAUACGAGAUUUGCUUAAAGUAGUGCGUGAGGCUGCUAGUAGAGCAGAAGAGGUCGCGACCGAAAGACAGCAGAAUGGUACAAACGGUACAGAUGAUUCUAACGCGCAUCGACUUCACCUACAUCGGCACCAUCAUCAUACGAAGUCUGCCGAGCCUCUGACGCAUGCUUGGGUAGAGCAUUACAUGGAUGUAGAUAGGACAAUUUCAGGUGAACAGACGCCGAUAUUUUCCCGCUUUACCACAAGUGCAUUUCUACCUCCCAGAACGGAACGACCAAGAGCCCCUUCGCCUGCUGCCGGUGAAGUGAAGGUGAGCUUUGGUACAUUCAAUGUCAAUGCACAGGUGCCAUCUUUUGGGUCUUCUUCGUCAUCGCUAAAUUCUUGGCUUCAUGUUUUGGAGGAUGAACCGGAUAUCCUCAUAAUCGCAUUACAAGAAGUAGACAGCUCUGGUCUUUCAUAUGUUGUUUGGACACCACAAGUUGAAGCUGGAUGGACAGAUGCAAUUGAAGCUUCAAUGGGACGUGAAACAAGUUCGUAUCGAAAAUUGGCAAGUAAACAAUUGGUUGGUGUUUUGUUAUUCGCUUAUGUUCGUACAUCGCUUUUGCCGAGGAUAGGAUCUCCAGCUUUGGCUAGCGUGGGCGUCGGUUUUGGUGGCUGGGCUGCUAAUAAGGGAGCAGUUGCCAUUCGAUUCACGUUGGAUGAUAUCUCGCUCUGCUUUGUUGGCUCGCAUCUCUCCGCUUUUAGUACACCCGAAGCAAGAGAAAGGAGAAGAUGGGAUCAUCAUGAGAUCGUGAAAAGAUUGAAAUUCGUCUUUGUGGAAGACUAUGAAGUAGAAAAGCCGGAAACACAAGGGAAAGAUGUCGGAUCAGAAGAUUCGAUCGAAAGUGCUGCUGAAUCUGCCUUGCGGGAACAAUUAAGGCGGUCGAGUAUUUUGAGCACAGAUGAUGCUCGAAGUAAAACGCCUUCAAGCAUCGCUGCAGAUGCAACUACCGCUGAUACAGAUUUGGGGGACGAUAUGAGCGAAUCUGCUCAACUUCAACAAUGGACAAUAUACGAUCACGAUGUCGUCUUUUGGGGAGGGGACUUGAAUUCACGCUUAGGUUUGAGCACAUUCGAAGUGAAGAGAUUGAUACGAAAACGCCAGUUUGAAUCUACUUUGCUCAAAUUUGAUCAGCUCAGGAGCGAGUUAUCAUCACGAGCUUCUUUUCAAGAUUUCAAAGAACAAGAGAUUGACUUUGCUCCUACGUAUAAAUUCGAUCGAGGAACUGAUACGUACGAUACCAGUGAAAAACAAAGAUGUCCUGCAUGGACAGAUCGGAUACUGUGGAAAGAGAAGGAUUCACAGUCUCGCGUUCAUCCUAUUGCAUAUGAGAGCGCUCACAAUAUUCGACUUAGCGAUCACAAGCCUGUAUUGGCAACUUUCCUGCUUCGAACAUCGGAGGAAUGAUUAUGGACUUUUAUCUCAAUGAAUCUGUACUACUCUUUACUGGAAUGCAUAAC